UGGUGUGGGGAAUAUGUCUUCUUUGUAUAAUUUAGGCCCAUUAAUACCAAUCGAUCCUCGUUUGAACGUUUGAUCCUCGUAUGUGAGUACUGAUGCUGACUAUGUGCAAAAAUGGCAAGAAAUGUGGGACAAGGAAACGAAGGGAUGACACCAAUAGGUGAACUAGCUACUAGAAAAUUAGCUAUUAAAGAAAUUGAGAGCUAUAGGUUUAGUCGACUUUACUUUACCACACCAAUAUCUACUUAAACCCAAUUUACAGCGUACUUCAGUCCAGCCGGUGGCAGUAAUGCACCUUAAAGUCGUACUGAAGAAGAAAAAGAAGCGGGAACUGAGUUCGAGCGGUAACAACGAGCGGUCGCGUUUAUAACAUUUUAUAAAGCGUUUUAUAAAGCGUUUUAGAAAGCGAUGUCGUGUAGAAGAGGGUCUUUAAUCGUGCUGGAGGGAGUGGACAAGGCUGGAAAAACCACACAGUGUAAGAAGCUAGUUCGUGCUCUGCAGCAGAGUGGGAGACCCGCGGAGAUGAUGAGGUUUCCUGACAGAACAACACAGAUUGGGCAGCUGAUCAGUUCAUACCUGGAGAAAAAGAACAACCUGGAGGACCACACCGUACACCUGCUCUUUUCUGCAAACCGCUGGGAGUUGGUGCCUCUAAUGAAGAAGAAGCUGGAGCAGGGAAUCACCCUGGUGGUGGAUCGCUAUGCUUUUUCUGGAGUGGCUUUCACCAGCGCCAAACCUGACUUCUCUCUGGAGUGGUGUAAGCAUCCUGAUGUGGGUCUGCCAAAGCCAGACCUUGUGAUGUUCCUGCAGCUGAACCCCAGCGUAGCAGCUGAACGUGGAGAGUUUGGAACGGAGCGAUACGAGACCGGCACUUUUCAGCGUACAGUGCAACAGAGGUUCGAACAACUUAUGAAGGACCCGUCAGUUAACUGGAAGGUGAUUGAUGCAGCCAGAAGCAUAGACGUAGUACACAGUGAUAUUAAAGUGCUGUGUGAGAACACAAUCAAUAUGUCUGAGAAUCUGCCAGUUGGAGAACUCUGGAAAUGAACAGGUCACGGGGAAACCUGGAGCCUAUCCCAGGGAGCAUCGGGCACAAGGCGGGGUACACCCUGGACAGGGUGCCAGUCAAUCGCAGGGGAUGUCUAAUACCUUGCUAGUGAAAUGUGAUUUCCUCACACAGGCUUUGAUCAAGUUGUUGGAUAGCUAAGCAAAAUAGAUACAAGCUGAAUUGAUUCAGUUUGUAAUCAGAUAUUGGCGCUCACAUUACUAUGAUGCUCCUGCACUAGAGUCGAAAUAAAGUAUUUAAAAUGUCAUUUUUCUCCCUUUUAGAAAGUUUUUUUCAACUAUAUAUAAAAGUACUUGCACAGAUUGUUUGUUUAUGCCUGAUGAAGGUCAUGGGACUGAAACGUUGUGAAUAAAGCUAUUCUGAUACGUGUGCAAGUACUGUUAGUGUGCGGGAUUUUUUUAGUUUUUGAUUUUUGACUUGGUUUUUGGUCUUUUCCUAUGCACCUAUCUAAUCACCUGCAAGUGUGUGAGGAUAAUUGUUGACUGAAUACUAAUAUAUAUACACAUUUUAUAUAUAUAAUAGGAAAUGUCACCAGGUGAAGGGUAGACAACUGGGAUUGAGUUACUCACGACA